AUGUAUCCGGUUACACGAUCCCUCAAAACAGCCAGAGUCUUCACGUUUGUUUCCAGUAGUCACUUGAACGUCUUUGUUUCAUUUCUUAGCCACAGGCCGAAACACACUCUAUUUUUACGAAUGACAGGAACGUUCCCACCUACUUUCAGGCCACAAAGGCGGACAGAACUAUCGAUCAGAUACGACCAUGAACGGAACGAGUGCAUCUCAGUGGACUUGGAAGACACCAUGACAUACCAAAGCUCAUCACUGGACUUGACGCAACGUUUGGAGCGGAAACUGGCGAAGUACAAUGCCUCCAAAAACGUCUUCACACGCUGGUUACUCGAACUCCUUAGUUAG